GCACUUGUUGCUGCGGUGACGGGUUGCCUUGCUGCUCGGACGGUUUCGCUCGCCUCCCUUUCGCCUUCAGCAGCACCACCACCACCAUCAUCAUGUCCGGCGGCGGCGGAGAGUUCGGGAAUCCUCUGCGCAAGUUUAAGCUCGUCUUCCUGGGCGAACAGAGCGUUGGAAAAACAUCACUGAUAACUAGGUUCAUGUAUGACAGUUUUGACAACACCUACCAGGCAACAAUUGGAAUUGACUUCCUAUCAAAAACAAUGUAUCUGGAAGAUCGGACGAUCAGACUCCAGCUGUGGGACACUGCAGGCCAGGAGCGAUUCCGCAGCCUCAUUCCCAGCUACAUUCGUGACUCGGCUGCUGCUGUUGUAGUGUUUGAUAUUGCAAAUUUGAACUCUUUCCAACAGACUUCAAAAUGGAUUGAUGAUGUACGGACAGAAAGAGGAAGUGAUGUCAUCAUUAUGCUGGUUGGGAAUAAGACUGAUCUGGCUGACAAAAGGCAGGUUUCAAUGGAGGAAGGAGAGCGAAAAGCCAGGGAACUGAAUGUAAUGUAUAUUGAAACUAGUGCUAAAGCAGGAUAUAACGUCAAGCAGCUUUUCCGACGUGUAGCAGCUGCUCUGCCUGGAAUGGAUAAUGCACCUGAAAAGAGUAAAGAAGACAUGAUUGAUAUCAAGCUGGAGAAACCACCAGAACCACCAAUCAAUGAGGGUGGCUGCUCCUGCUAAUAUUGGCACAAUCAAACUGUUCCCUAUUGGCCAGCAUCACCAACUGCAUUACAGUCAUUGACUACCCACCUUGCUCCCUUUUGGUGGUGUGCUGGCUCAGUAAUGUGUGAACGUGCUGCUGUAAUCACACCAGAGGAGCUUCUUCAUUCAGAAAAUUCAACUUCAUUUCCUUCAGCUGCAUGGUUUAUUUAAGAUCAGAGAUCAAGUUUGAUUUUAAUUAUGUUAUGUAUUGCACUCUAACACUGAGCGAUGCAGUCCUUUACGUUGUACAGAAAUGUGUGCACGAUGUAAAAUGUUUGUGUGAAUAUGCAAAGAUGUUGCUGUGUCAGAUUUUCAAAAAAAGGAUAAAUUGUCUAUGAUGUCUUCAUGUGGGUAUGAGCUGAGGUACCGGUGCUGCUUUGACUGGAGGGAGUAUUUUUAUAAUUUGGAAAGGGGGAAGCACCAUUGUAUCCAAUCAAACUCUUCCUGAUGUCUGAGUAAUGUCUUAAUAUGCUGUCUUGGGUGGUCUUUGCUGAAGUGUGGCAGCAUUCUUGCUACUGUGUGGUGCUAGAAGAGAACUGAUUUCCUACUGUUGAGGUAAGCUUCUAAAGCUAUAUUCCUUUGCUCUCCAUGGAUGUGUGUCUCAGCUCGUUUGUGCAGCCAUUUAGAGUUCGAGUGCACUGGUAUAGUAUCUGUUUCAUUUAAAGUUGGAAGUUAACUAUUCACCAUCGGGGAGAGUAUCUGAAUGUUUUGCUGAGUAGCCAUUCAGUCCCCUUCCCAAGUAGAUGAUGAUUUUGGUAUUGCACAAGUAGACAGCUUCUAGUUUCAAAACCCAUGAAAUAACUUAACCGUGCUUUGUAGUUCAUCUGUGUUGCAGAAUGUGAUGACUGAUGAAUAGUGUCAUGGCUUGGUUGCUGCUUCCUGAUUCUAUUUGGCCAAUCACUUUGUGAAGACCUUUCAAAUGGUCCCUGCAAGUUUCAGGUUCAAAAUUAAUUAGUACUUUUAUAAUCUGCAUUUUUGAGUUAUACUAACUCUAAAAUGAUGUUUCUUUUCCACUGUCACAAGAAAAAUAAUAUUCAUUUUUUUGGUUGCUCUGGGUGAACAGCAAUACAUUCCUGGAAAUAUUUUGUUUGGAACCACUGUGGAGGGAUACUUUGGAAUUUUAUUUGUAAAUCAGGAAGAAUACUUGAUUGCAAUUUUGGACAUUUUAGUCUCACUUCCCAAUGUUUCAGACUAAAUGGCAUGUCUGAGUAAUUUAGCUGCAGCUGAAAUUACAGUACCAGAUCUCUGAAUACACAGUUUGUAUUACUAGUAGUUGCAGCUUAUUACACUAGAUUCCUUCAUGAACUAGUAGUUUAUAGGAACCGUCUUACAGGUAAGCCACAGUUAAUUAGUUUUCAAAGCCCCUGAGUAUUGUUCUAAUGUACAGUCUCUGUACAUGCAGUCUCAGAAAUGCAGUAACAUGUAAUUUGUGCUUAGACUUAGUAGGUGUAAGUUUGUUGCUUUGUGAGCACACCUAAUCUGUGUUAGUACGUUAAAUUCUCAGAUGAGCAAAUUCUAUUUACAUCAACAUAUUUAUGCAAAUCCUUUUUAAUGAAAUAUAUAAAACCCUUCAAUGUAUUUAUUGGAAAUAGCUUUUUGAUUCAUUGGCAGUUUGAACAGACAUCUAACAACAAUUAUUGACUAUUAAGUUUGCUGUAGCAAAAGAAAAUGUGACCUUUAUUACUGCCAGAUUAAAUCUUCACAUUCAUAACAUCAGCACAAAAUGAUUUAUUGCAUUACUGCUGUUUGUAGACUUCUAACGUAGCCUUUUGUACCAGAGACCUACCCAGAAAUGCAUAUUAAGCAUACUUGGGACAAUGCUGUUAUAUUCUUAUAAACUUCUUGAAAUGCCAACUAAAUGGGAAAGUAUUAAACUGGUGAUGGUUGGUGCUAACCCAUCAGCAAAAUUAAAAGUACCUCCCUCUCUACAUCCAGCAGUAUAAGUUUUGUACCAAUAAAUAUUGGAGUACAAGUCCUAUUACUGUACCUUUUUUGGAAGAAUUUGUAAUACUUGACAAGACUGGUAAUUACCCGAUUCCAUAAAACUCCAAAUGUUUUUCUCCACUUUUGUGAAUUGACUAGAAUGGAGAAACUGAAAUUAAAAGCUGAACUGAGGUUUAGAAGGAGUCAGGUAUUUAGUCGUUCUAACUGGGUUCUCUAAGAAACAACAGCAAUCUCACUGUGGCUCACUUAAAUCAUGCCCUGAAUUUCUAAUCAUGCUUUUAAAAUCAAGCGUACCUUUGUUCUGAAGAAUACCAGCAUGCAUGAGGGCUUAAGUUUGUUGCUCAGUGAAAUUCUCCAUUUGAACUUUGCCAUGUCUAAUCAGCUCCAUUUGAGGAUGAGUGCGUGCAAGGUUGAAGUUGUAACUAAUACCAAGUGUGGCUUUCCUGUUUGUGAUUACAAUAAUUGUUGGUAUAUUUAUGCAGCCUGUGGAGACCAGUAAUGAAGGAUACUCUCUUGGAUAAUUUUUAAAACAAAAUGUUAGCCUAUUACAAUGGAACUAUUUGCAAACAAGUACUGGAGCCUCCUCCAUCAGCAAUGUGUUUUUCUUUUUGAAUAUUUAAAAGUCUUUUUGUUGUAAAUACUUGGACAGUUGUAAUGUUCUCAUGUCUGUGUGUAUGCAUUUACUAGAUUAUGUUCUUUGGAAAGGCAGUAAGACACUAAACCACUUGCCUGUUUAUACUAUUUAUCAAGUUAGAUUAGCUCAGCCUGUGUACCGGUGUCUAAAGUCUUUUGCAAAGAUAAAUAUCCUGUCACUCAAACCAUUCAUUGACACAUCAUCUGUUUAAUAAAGAAAAUAUUUGUCUUCAUAUUCCAGUAAUUAAUGAUCUCAUAACAGCUGGUUGCUAGAAUAUUUAUGUUAAGGUACCACCUCCUGUUGUAAAGUCACAUCCUUGUAUUACACAAUAAAAUGAGCCAU